GUCCUCCAAGGCGAUGCUGCUGAUGAGCUGGGGAAAGAAAGCGGUGGCACCCAUCAGGUCGUUGACGGGCAGGUUGAGGAGCAUCAGAACCGGAACCGGGCAAGCAGACAGAAGAGGGCCAAUAUCAGGACCAGGUCCAUCAGCCACAUCCCCAUGACGAUCUUCAGCAGGGGAACACACAAGGGCCUAUAAAAAAGGAACCAUUGAAUGGAACCGCGAGAGAGGACCAAUGGACGGGCCAUGGCAUCCACACAUUCAGUGGGUCUGACAGAAUUUCUCAGGAAAACCAGCAUGAGUAACGUGACCUACAACAAUCCCAUCCUGGAGAUCGAGGGCAUUGACGUCCCCCAUCUUUUCAUUUACCCAGUGUUUGUCCUAGUGUUGGUAAUCUACCUGAUCAUCCUGACCACCAACAUAGGGGUCAUGCUGCUUAUUAUGAUGAACAGGAGCCUGCACCAGCCAAUGUACCUGCUGUUCUUCAGCCUGUCCUUCAAUGACGUCCUGGGCAACACGGUGCUUCUGCCGCGGCUGAUGUUGGACGUGGUCUCUACCGACAGGUCUAUCAGCUAUGCCUCGUGUGUCUCCCAGGCCUUCUUCAGCCACACCUAUGGCACGUCCUGCCACACGGUGAUGAUGAUGAUGGCUUUCGACAGGUACGUGGCCAUAUGCCACCCUCUGAGGUACACCUCCAUCAUGAGCCCCGCCAUGGUGGCUACACUGACUGUGUCUGCCUGGAGCACAUCAAUAACGCUGGUGUCCAUCCUGCUGGCUCUCACCAUACGGCUAACGCGUUGCCGUUCUGUCAUUCUCAAUGCCUACUGUGACAACGCGUCCCUUUUCAAGCUCUCCUGCCAGGACGUGAGCAUCAACAACAUCUACGGUCUGACAUUCACUGUUGUCCUUCUUGGCUCCUCCAUGGGCAGUGUGGCCUUCACGUAUUUCAGGAUCCUGGUCAGCUGUGUCUCCAGAAAGAACAAGGAGCUGAACAGGAAGGCCCUGCAGACCUGUGCCACACACCUGGUCCUCUACAUGAUCAUGCUCUGCUCCGGCUUCCUCGUCAUCAUUUUGCAUCGUUUCCAGAUAGACAGCAAGUACCGGAAGAUGGCGUCUAUUCUCUUUCACAUCCUUCCCGCCAACAUGAACCCCAUCAUAUACGCUAUGCAGACCAAGGAACUAAAGACCAAAAUUGUGCAGAUACUUCAUUCAAAAGUAACCCAGCUGCAGAAAUUUGAAAAUUAGCCUCUGAGUUACCUCUUCCACAAUAUACUGGAUGCACUUACAGAUAUGUUCAUGCAGUAUGCAGUUAUAGAGUUCCUGUCCUCUUUUAUAUCAAUGGGAAGUGUGACUUGUUUUCAUUUAAUACAUAAUCGGUGAUAAUAACAAAGAGAGUCUAUUGUAUAAUAAAGAGUUUGCAAAUGUAUUCAUGCCUUAUUUGGUUGACAAGUCAGUCUGUAAUUUUGAGUUUUGUAUGCAAAUAUAAUUUGAUAAAUACAGUACGAUAAAUUACACGUAGCUGAGAUGGCAUAUGAUAGAAUGUAUUAUCCGCUUCUACUUUGUUGAAACCAUUUUAGCGAGCAUAUUUCUGUCCUUUCAUUAUAAAACAUUUAGACAGUUUUGUAAUUCUGGUGGUGCCGUCCUAUAGAACUCCACCCCACUGCAAAAGUAAACUUGUGUAGCAAACUUAUCUCAUAAAAUAAGCCAGCUGGUUCUCAGUGUAACUAAUGUUUCUUACUGUACCAAGGUCAUGAGUCAAAUCAUUUAUAUGUAAAUGAAAAUAAAAGAGAAAUAUAUACAA